AGGGCUAAAGCCCCCCAGGCGGCAGUGCUCAGUCAGCCCCUGUCAUCUCCAAGAAUAAACUCUGAAGCUACUGGCUGUGUGGACCUGAAUCACCAGGGAGCCUGCUGGAGGCGGGGGAGUGACUGCCCGGGCAGCCAAGUGGACUAUAUAAGCCCCAGAGGGCUGGGCGCUGCUCAGCUCCCAUCCACCAGCUACUGCCUGCCCGCAGCUCGUUCAGAGUGGUUCUCAGCACCCACCAUGUCCCAGGCUGAUGCCCCGGAAGCUCCCAUGAGGAAGCAGCGCCCACCCGUGAAGGAGGAGGACCUGAAGGGGGCCCGUGGGAACCUGGCCAGACAACAGGAGAUCAAGUCCAAGACCUACCAGGUCAUGCGGGAAUGCGAGCAAGCUGGUGGCACCGCCCCGUCAGUGUUCAGUGGCAGCCGGACCGGCACUGAGACGGUGUUUGAGAAGCCGAAAGCCAGGCCUGCCAAGAGCGUCUUUGGCUGAGAUGUGCCCACCACUCCCCUCCCAUGGCGACUCCUAGACGCAGAAGCCUUCCCACCGGCUCCUAAUGGCACAGGCACCUCGGCUGCCACCUCGCACCUGCUGGGACUGCUGCUUUUCCCCCAGGGCCUCUGCAGGAGCCUGUGCACAGCACCAAUAAAGAGGAGGCCCAGGUGGCCCUGGCAUUUGGA